UAUCUACUUGUUGGCCGUUCUGCUCACAACAGUUUCAGUGUACGGGCAAGGAAACAGCCAUGAAAAGCACACUUACGUUGUUUGUUUGAAUUAUGAAAGUGGCGCGCUUUCAUAGUACUCUUUCCACAUCGGCAAUUUCUCUCCUGUUGGUAUAAAACGACACCAUACCAAACGCAGGAAGUUGACAUCUACCCCCGUGACAUAGCUAAGUUCUGCAAGUGAGGAUUACAGCAGUGUGCAUACAUGAAAGAUUCAUUCAGGUCGGAAGAGUUGCCCCAUGGAAGUCAUCUGUACCACGAACAGCAGAAAUUAAUUGUCAUCUCUCCGUGUACACGAAGGUUUGCCGACCACGACGAUGACCGACCUUUGGAACGCGACGUUUGAGCAGCUUGAUAUCCUCCGCGGUAUCAAUAUAUCGUCAAAUGACAAAAAACUGGUCAAUGUAGGAAUGCUCGUACUGAAAACCCUAUCUGCAGUAGUAUCAUUAGCAAAGAAGCAAGUGAAUCAAGAACUGCAGGGUGUCGAACCCGUGUAUCUGGUAGCAAUUACUGCAUUUUUCUUCAUUCUGAUCGCAUGGAUUCGCAAACUAAUCACUUACAACGAUUUUGUUCCCUCUAACAAGCGAACUGGAUGGCUAGAACGCAUUCGAAAGCUUCCAUUCCUGCGCUGUAUUGUAGAACGACAACUGAAAUUGGUGGGCCGUAACAUAGAAAAGGACCUCAAGAAAGACUUUGUAAAUUCGCCUUUCAAAACUGUCCUACCGCAACAAGGACACGAUGUGGUCACAAUUGUCAAUGAAGUAAGAGAUUAUCUUAAUCUCUCGAAAAUUAACUGGAAGACUGGCAGCGUAUCGGGUGCUAUUUACUCCCCGAAUGACCUUUCUUGCGAGCAACUAAUGCUCCAGGUUUAUCAGAUGACGAUGAAGAGCAAUCAUUUGCACGCCGACGUCUUUUCCGGAGUUCGUAAGAUGGAAGCUGAGCUGAUCCGGUGGGUGAUUAAUCUUUUCAAUGGUGAUGCCGAAUGCUGUGGAUCGAUUUCGUCUGGCGGCACCGAGUCCAUCCUGUUGGCCUGCAAAGCCUACAGGGAUUUCGCCAUGAAGACCCGCGGUAUCGUGCGUCCUGAAAUCGUUAUUCCUGUCACGGCACAUGCUGCCUUCGACAAAGCAGCUGAUUGGCUUCAGCUUGAAAUCCGCAAGGUGCCGAUCGACCCUAAGACAAUGAAGGUGGAUACGCGUAAAAUGCGCAAGAUGAUGAGCAGAAACGUCGUCAUGAUCGUAGGCAGUGCUCCUAAUUAUCCCCAUGGUAUUGUCGACCCCAUCGAAGAAAUUGCCCAAAUUGGAGAAAGGUGGAACGUACCUGUGCACGUUGACUGUUGCCUUGGUGGCUUCAUUAUGCCAUUCAUGGACUCCGCUGGAUUCCCUGUUCAGCCGUUUGAUUUUAGACUUAAAGGUGUAACAUCGAUUAGUGCAGAUACGCACAAAUACGCCAUGGCUCCUAAAGGAACGUCGGUAAUCAUGUAUUCAAAUAAGAAGUACCUUCAUUGCCAAUUUUCCGUCGCGCAAGAUUGGCCCGGAGGCAUCUAUAUUACACCAACAAUAUCAGGUAGUCGUCCCGGAGCAGCUGUGGCCUGUUGCUGGGCGACCCUUCGAUAUUAUGGUUAUGACGGCUACGUAAGAACUUGUGCACAGGUCAUAACUGAAGCACGAAAGGUUCGUGAUGGCAUCCGCGAAUUCAAAGAACUUCAACUGCUUGGCGACCCUGAGGCAAUGGUCGUGGCUUUCACUAGUGACAAGUUAAAUAUUUUCGAGCUGAACUCACGCCUAGGCGUGAAGCAUUGGCACCUGAACCCGCUGCAGUUCCCCAGUGGAAUACACUUCUGUUUUACAGCUAUUCAUACGCAAAAUAACGUCGCCGAAAGGUUUCUCAAGGAUCUGCGAGAGACUGUUAGUGAUAUGCUGAAAGAACCCUCAUCGGAGGUGUCCCCACAAGCCGCCGUAUACGGUCUCGCGCAAACUAUACCUGACCGUUCGCUAGUUAAGGAAAUCCUCUUCAACUAUAUGGACGUCGUGUACAGCACUGAGGACUACAAAGGCAGUUAGAAACUGAAAAUGGGACUACUGAAAGAAAAACUGAGAUAUUUGAUAAUCUUUAUAUAUAUAUAUAUGGUGGAGACAUCCGUAUGAAUAUUCUUGAUGCACUAGCGUAAGUAAAACAACUCAUUUCUUUACUUAAAAAAAAA